UGCCCAACUGUCAUGCAUUGAGCAAUGGCGAUCAACGUUAACGAUCUGUAUUAUCAUGGAUUACGGGGAUAUCGACGCUGAAUUGCUGAAAUCUGCUGAAAUCUGUUGAUAAAGUUUUCUCGGAGGAGAUGCGUGCGUGUUGGGGUGUCGUCUGAUUGUUAGCACUGAGCAGACGACAUCGGUUUUGGCGGGAAAACGUCAGCUCAUGAACCUUUGUCGACCUGGAUGCGAGUGAUCUUGUUCAAGCGAAGUGAUUAAGAUUGUAUUGGGGAGUUGGGAGAUUCGCUGACGGCUUAAUGCUGAGGAUUCUGCCCGGUGUGUGCAGGUGGAAUUAACAUUGCUUUCAUAGACGGGAACAUGGAGUACGAAAAGAAUGUGAAAAGAGACAUGUUUCCUACAGGACCUUAGGAACAAUGGAAUUCGUUAUGUAGUCUGGGAAUAAUUGCUGAGGCGAUCACUAGAUCUGGACGGCAGUAAUCUGCUCCUCGUAGCGUCGCGAAGGAGGCUGCAGUUGGAUACCUGGCUACACGCGACCAGUUGCUUUUGGAUAACCGGCGAGGAUGGAUAUUUCUUGAAGCGAAGGAUUCACCUGUUAAUGGCUUGAAAGUAGCGGUUGAACAAGUUUAGUGAUCUCGUGCUUGGCGGUUCGUCCGCCUUGAGUUGUGUGUACGGUCAGCAGACGACUGUCUCAGCAGACGACACAACGGAGCAGACGACAGCCUCAAGCAGACGACAUCGGCACCGCCUGCACGUGCUGAAUGAAUUCUGACCGCGGUUUGGUUUUCGGAUGGAAAGUGUAAUUUGAUUUUUUUUUUCAAAUAUUCUCUUACGCUCUUUUUUGGAUUAUAUACACAGUUUGGAGUUCCACUUUGAGGAUGAUUGUGCCCUUCUACUCAAAAGCUUCGAAGUUUGCCUCAUUGAUUUUCUGUAGUGCUGGUGCAGGUUCGUGAUAGUAGCUGGAGCGAUAGGGAGUGUAAAGGACGAUCUUGUAUAUCGUGUCUUUGUGUUGAUUCCGAUCAUUCUCACGGGGAACACGAUAGGUUGUUUAUGAGGAUAGUCGUGGGAGGUAUUUCAAUGGAUUAUUCUGUCCCGUAAUUCUCAUCACCAGUCUAUAAGGAAGGCCUGUCUCCCGAUGGCUCCUCAGGGACGGAGGUACCUAGCGCAGGGAAGCUUUCAGAACGGAAAGGGUACAUUCUUGGGCGAGGGCAGUGAAGGGGACACUUCGAAUGACCCACCACCCCCAAGCUCAAGCAGCUGGCCGACCCUUGUUCCACACCUCAAUGACUCCGGCCCAAACCAUCUCCUAAGCCAGAACGAUUCAACUAUGCAUCUGCGGCCCGAUACGGAGAUCUCAACAACGGGAUCCUUGCUAUCAACUGCAGACUUCUUCGACGAAAUAAGUUGGGGGCCUUGGGAGUACCCGUGCGAUGCGAAUGAUUCGUUGUGCUCUUUUAACGUGUCCAUCGGAAAUAGUACAGCGGGGGACGGCGAGGAGCUGAAGUACUGGACUAUAGCGUUGAUCAUUGUGCCACUCUUCACCGUCUUCGGGAACAUCCUCGUCGUUCUCAGUGUGGUGAAGGAAAGAAGUUUGAAAACUGUCACCAACUAUUUUAUAUGCUCUCUUGCCGUAGCCGAUAUCAUGGUGGCAGUUUGCGUGAUGCCGCUUGCUAUAUAUUUAGAGGUGAUGAGUGGCAUAUGGUUGCUAAGUGACAUACUCUGCGACGCCUGGGUCGCUGCUGACGUCAUGGCAUGUACAGCUUCCAUCCUCAACUUAACCGCCAUUAGUGUAGAUAGAUUCAUCGCUGUAACUCAACCGAUCAAGUAUUCGAAGCAUAAAAACUCUAAACGUGUGUUCAUUAUGCUUGCAAUGACUUGGAUUAUAUCUGUUGCGAUCGCCGCGCCUAUUGCGUUGGGAGUCAACUACUCCGACAAACGCAUUGCCGGUGUGUGUGCAUUCUUUAACUCGGACUUCCUCAUAUAUUCAUCCAUGGGUUCAUUCUACAUCCCUUCACUUAUGAUGAUAUUUCUCUAUUGGAGAAUAUACCGGGUGUUGAGGCAGAGAGCAAGGAAGGCCAUGAGAGCCAAAAAGAUCAAAACUGUAGAUAAACGAACGCUCCAGAGUGUCAUAGAAAAUACUCAGGCCACGCAGGCCCCGUCGGAGCCCACGGUAACCACGGGGCUGGCUCGGAUGGAUAACGGUAAAGUAGCAUCUUAUAACACUAAUAAAUCUCAUAAACUGGCGCCUCCGGUUGUGGACGAUACGUCGGUUACAAACGUUCCUUCCGCGUCGGACUCCCAUUCCCAUGACAACGAAGAUGAAAGCGGAGGGAACGACGGCAGCGGGCCCAAAAGUCCUGGGUCCGAUGACGGUAUAAUCCACAACGAUGAUGUAGGAGGUGAGCUCAUAGCCAAUCCCGUAGCGGAAGCUAUGGAGAAACAGGAAGCUGAUGGACUUGCUACUACUUCCGGUCAGAGUGCUGGAACGGAAGCAGAAACGCCCUUCAAUUCACCUGGUGCUUCAAAAGGGUCCACGCCAACGAAACGUCGAUCUAGUGGUCGUGCCGCGGGAGCAGCCGGACCUAAAAAUCAGAAGGAAAAUCACAAAAAGGGUGUGACAAAAUUUAAUUUUCAUAUGAGGACUAGUCGGAAACGAAAGGAGAGAUCGUCAAAUAAACGUGAGAGAAAAGCCACGAAGACGUUAGCAAUUGUUUUAGGUGUAUUUUUACUUUGCUGGUGGCCUUUCUUUACACUUAACAUUAUCAACGCCAUCUGCAUACGAUAUGACCUUGAAAAUCACCCUGUGUGUAACCUUGACCCAAUGUUAUUUAGCUUUUUUGUGUGGUUGGGUUACAUGAACAGUUUUUUGAACCCUGUUAUCUACACAAUAUUUAACCCUGAAUUUCGAAAGGCUUUCAAGAAACUGCUUGUUCAACCAUGCAAAUAACUGGACUGUGACCUUGAACUUUGAAAAAAUGUGCCCUUCACCUUGCUAUGACCUGACGCUGCUCCAGAUGACCCCUGUUGCAGUGAAAAGGGCCAAGUGAUCUGGAAUGGUUCUUGUCCAAGAAUAAUCAUGUUUGUGUGAAUUCAUCAUGGGGAAUCAACCAGAGACUUAUUUGAAGGUCAUGCCAAAUGGACAUAACUGCCUGACACCUUAGCUGUAUGGACACUUAUGGUUGAGGAACAUGAAUCUGUGUUAGUGUUAUACUAGAAACUAGUAUAGUAUGGGCAAUUAUGCAUUCGUUUGUGGAUCCAGAUUUGCCAUGACUGCCGUCACCACCUGCUAAUAAUGCAGGACUGUUGUUCUAACCUUCAGACUUGCAUUUUGUUAUGACAAUACAUGGAUGUAAGGUUGGAGUUGCAUAUUUGUACGAUUACCAGUUACAUUUUUAAGUUAUGUGAAAAUGCAUCAUCAAAUGGCAUAUAUUUGAAUGAAAGUAUUUGAACUUGUUUGAACAACGCUUGGAGGCAGAUAUUUACUAUUCAUAAAGGUAACAUAUCAUUUUGUUAUGUAAACCAGUUCCCUGGGUGUGGACAACAACAUAGAAAUCUUCAUACAUCAGGCUUCACGAUGUUUUUCAAACAUGACGGUUAUAUAAACUGUAGAUGAAUGAAAUGAAUUGCCGAAAUAGAUAAGUCCAAAUAGAACCAUGAUCGCAGUUCGAGUAAUGAGAAAAAUGAAAUAAUGACAAUUCUUUCAGCGAUCAAAGCUUCCUACUAGUUAAAAGGGACAUUUUGUUAUGUUUAAUAUGAUAAAUGCCUCCAGUGUUGUUACAUGCGUCAUAUCUUAUAAGGUGGACCCCUUCCUGGUAUUGAUUUGAGAAAUGUACAAAUACGUGUUCAUAUAUGAAAUAUAUGCCAUUUGAGGGAUAAUUGUUUUUCGUUGUUUAUGGUUUAUUUGUCUAUAGUCUACACAUAUUCUACAUGAACGGUCAUGUUUCGUCCUAGAGUUAAAUGCAAUCGUAAUAACCCAACAAUCCAUGGCAUUUGCUCAAAUGAAUCACGUCAUAAGAGGAUCAAGCAAUAUUUUUCUAAGGAAGCAGGACAUAGCGUGUCAAUAUCACCAGUGUUGUUCAUAGACAAUGUGUCAUUGUUAAUCAUCAUAUAUACUCAUCACCUUCAGAGUUGAUAGUAAAGAUGGAUAAAGAUAGAAUUGCUUCAUAAGUAGACCGUAUAAGAGCAUGGGAUAAGACAGUGUGUAGACACAUAAAACUGGAUUACAGGGUCUGCACACUCUUACAUCGUGCAAGAGAAGGUUAUGCCGUGAAAUUUAUUCUCUUUCCAGGAAAUGGUAUGAGCAUGAGGACAGGCUGUUCAGAAAAUUGAAUUGCCAUUUUGUUAUUGUUAUGGCAUGUCCACUUAUAUGAUGUAUGCCAUAUUACAAGAUCAAGUACAACACAAUGGAAAACAAUACCUGCUUGCACAAUUCUUCUGUAUUAACAGCAAAUACGCCUUUGUCAUAAUGGCCUUAGCUGACUUUUCCAAAUAUUGGAAGGAAAUCAAAAAAGGAAAAUCCAAAACAGGACAUAUACCAAAAUGUCUUGUUUUCGGUUACACUCUUUUUGCUGUUAUGUAAAUUGAAUAGAUAUAUGUCAUUUGUAUUCAGGUAAUGUUUAUCAGGUAUAAAUUGUUAACAUAGUUAAUAUAUUGUUAAUUAGGAGAAUGUAUAUAUACAAAGCUGGACGAUUUAAUUAACCUCACACUUCUCUCUGGUUCAUAGAUAGUAUUGACUAAGCCAUGCAGUGAUGAGACACAGUGAUCUCAUGUUUAGAGAUUAAGUAACUCUUUGGAGAGGUACAUGAGAAAACUGUAUUCGAUACAGUGUUUGUUAGAUUGAAAGUUUAAUAAUAUCAAUUGUUAGUGGUUAAGAGGGUAAUGAUGUGUCAUGAACGAUGCCAUUGGGGAUUAAUAUGAUGCUCUCCUGUAAUUCUCUCUACCAACAGCCAUGGUUAGGGCAUGGACAGGUAUUGAAAACAGGAGGUAGAGAUGUGUUUGAAUGCAUUCAUACAUUGUGGUGUUAUAUCGGCUGUGAUAUAUAUCAUAUUAUAUGUAUAUAUCAUCUAGUUUCAGUCAACAUAUCAUCAGUCCCCCUUCCUGACUGACGACCCCGGGUCAGAGGGGGACUGAAAAUAUGUUUUGCACGUGCAAAAUGUCCCAAAUGUUUCUCAAGCAUGUUUUGCACGUGCAAAAUACAACUGAAAGACUAAAAUCAUAUUUGGCACGUGCAAAAAUCUUACUGCUUUGGACCAAAGCUAUGUAUAUGUUGCACGUGCAGAUGUAACAGUCAAACAGUUGUGUUUUUUAUGUAUUUCAGGUGCAAAAUUUCGCAAUGAAAAUUAAAGUUUUAUUGCAUUAACAAUAAUAAUUUCAAGACAUAUAUACAGGUACAGUAUCCUCCCAGUACCUACAUUGAAGAAAUAUCACUUGAAAUGUACAAUAAAUAUUUAGAAAGGCCAAAAAUCUAAACGGUUACAUUGUGAUUUAUUAAGUUAAGUCACAUGUAAACUACAUUACCCCCAAACUAAACUGCAUUGGUAACAUUGGCCAAAUGCACAUUUUAGUAUUGAUGACAUUGAUUGCCAGUAAGUUAAACUAAAAUCCCAUGAUGAGACUCUUGGGUGCGCUGCGAAAUAUGUCAUUCAAAUCCAUUUUCAAAUUUUAUUUAAAAACUAGUUAUUCCCCUUGAUAGGCUGUCUUUGUUGUCAACUGCACUCUGUAACUGACAACAACGUUGUUGACUGCAUACAGGUUCUUGCUGGAAUGCGAGUAUCCUGUGCUUUUCUUGACUCUUCUAACUCCCUGUUUGUACUUCAAGACUACAACAGGCACAUGCGCUUAUCGUUCACGUUUAAGAAUAAAAUAAUGUUAUAUAAA